UCUUCGGGGAGAUAAACGCCAGGAAAGAGAGCGGCGGCAGCGUUAACCCUCCCGCACCCGGCGUGGGGCCGGUGGCCCCGGUUGCCAGCCAGCCUGGCAGUACCGUGGGCUCGUGGCGGCACCCGGCAGCGGCCCCCGGGCCCUGGGGGGUCGUGGGGGGCCCCGAGGCGCCCGUGCCCUGCGGCGCCGGAGGAAGCUGUGUGGGAAGAGCAGAGCACAGGGGCUGCCGCGGGGCAUUCCCGGCCCGACACCCCGCGCUGCUCUGGGGCACGGGGGCAUGACUCCAGCCGUCCUGCCUGGCACGGGCACCCGUGUCCACCAGUGCCCACGCAGCACGAGGCACGACUGUGCUCUGGCUCUGGGAGCCCCGUGUGAGGCUGGAAGGGGACGAGUGCAGUGCGAGGGCUGCCCUCACGGUGUAUGGCUCCGGGUGUCCCAGCUGCUGUAUCGCUGCCCUCUCCCCGCAUCCCUGCCCUCUCCCUGCCGCAGGUGGUUCUGGCAGCACUGUGGCUGGCAGCCAGUGCAUCGCAGCCCCUGGGGUACCGGCACCGUGCCGUGCCACGACAGCAGCAGGUCCUGGUGCGGCCACCUCCCCGCCUGCGCAGAAAUGCCAAAAGUCCAGUCUGUCCCCCUGGCAUGAACUGGAUCGUUGCAGAUCGCCGGUGCUGCAAGCUGUGUCCUGCAGGUGAGAGCCACCCAGCUGGAGUAGCACGGCACGGCAGGCCCUGGCACACCUGGUGCAUCGCCACGGGUGGUCACCUCCCUGUCCCUGCAGGGACCUUCCUGUUCUCCUCCUGCUCGAGCCUUGGCAACGACAGCAUCUGUCAUCCUUGUCUCCCUGGCACCUUCCGCACGCAGCCCAACACGUUCAAGGAGUGCCAGGCGUGUUACGAGUGUGCCCAACACGCUUUCCAGAGUGUGCUGAGCAACUGCUCAUCCACACGCAACGUUGCCUGCGGCUGCAAGCCAGGAUACUUCCGUGAGUGCCUCGACAAGCACUGCAGCGAUUUCUCAUGCCAGCAAUGCCAGUCCUGCACCGGGCGGCUCAUCCAGCAACCCUGCUCAGAGAUGCAGGACACACGCUGUGGCAGCUGCAAGCCAGACUUCUAUGCCGAGGGCAACGAAUGCCGGCCAUGCCACAUGAGCACCCCAGAGACGUGCAGCAAGGAGUGCCAGCGGGUGUGUGGCAGCAGCAGUGACAGCCAAGGUGCAGGAAUGGAGUACCUGAUACUGGCACUCACUGGGCCCCUCUUCCUGGGUGCCCUUGCCAUCUACCGCAAGAGGAAGCGGCGCCGGCAUGAUGCCCUGGCAAACAGCUCCCUCCCUACCACGUGGGCUGUCACCCCCACACCUGGGACUGCGGCCACACCAUGGCACCAGGUCAGUGUCCGGGGGUGGGACAACCUGUGCUGGACCCAGUCACACUCCCCACAGCCGACUGACUGCACCAGUGGCACGGCGAAGCAGAGCCCCAAGGACCAGGCCUUACUGUGGGAGCAGCCCGGUGGUACGGCACAGCCAGGCGGUGAGGCAGAGCCCUCCGCCGUGCCAGAGCCCUGCAGUGCCCUGCUUCAGGGCAGCCAGCUCUACGCCGUCAUCAACGCGGUGCCGGUGCGGCGCUGGAAGGAGUUCAUGCGGGUGCUGGAGCUGCGGGAGGCAGAGAUCGAGCUGGUGGAGCUGGAGGUGGCCCACAUCCGCGACCAGCAGUACGAGAUGCUGAAGCGAUGGUGCCAGCAGACCAGUGCCACGCUCGACCGCAUCUUUGCCGCGCUGGAGCGCAUGGAGCUGGCCGGCUGUGCCGAAGCCCUGCGCCGGAGCCUGCAGGCGGGUCCCUGACCCUCGGCGCCGCCACCCCGGCAGAGGCAGAGGGAGGGUCCAGCCCCUCCUCGGGCACCUCGGCCAAGCCGUACCCCUAAGUAUUGUUACUUAUGCCGUGUAGACAUUUUAUGUCAGUUUUAUGUCCCCUCCUCGCCCACCUGCCUCCCGUAUUUAUGUCCCCUGCUCCACGCCGGCUGCCCGGCCGCUCGCGGGACGAGCCCGCCGCGAACCCAUGGGAUAGUUCUCCAGGCCGCCCGCCGCCGAGUGCGGGCGUGCCCGCCCCUGCCCCAAUAAAGUGGCACGUUCUCGGUC